CAGGUGUUAAUUUUUUCACUAAUUUCGGACACUUUUUCUAGAUUCAAGGAACCGUUAGAUAGUUGCAGAUUAUCUAAUAAUAAAAUAUCUAUAGCAGAUUUCCUAGUAUUACCAGACGGCUGAUUUUAUAAAAAUUGUUGACUUUACAGAUUUUGGUUUAUCUUUGACUCCGCGCAACACCAUUACUAAACACGGCUAUAAAUAUUCAAUUAUUAAUAUCCUAGACGUUGAUUAAUUAAUUUAGAACUUGGUAGGGGAAGGUAGAGGACAAGAAUUUGGGUAUUUUAAGCGCAAAACACCUCCUUAAAUACAAAAAUCAAUUCUUUUAGAAGGAAAUAUAUAUAGGGAAAAUCGUGCCCCUGCUAUUCCCUACAUGCACUGAAAUGGAAACUUCCAUCCGUUUUAGCGAGAAAUAGAUAAGACUUUUCUAAUCGAACUAAAAAUUGUCAAUUGGCGUUUACCAAGAAAACGGGAAGAUGAUUCUCAUAUAUUUGAUUUUCUUUUUCCUCAUCUUGUACUACCUGUACUCCAAGAACUACACCUUCUGGCAGUCCCUCAAAGUCCCCUUCGACAAACCCUUCUUCCUCUUCGGAAGCUUCUACAACAUCGCGGCCCGCAAAGAGCACGUCUUUGAGCGCAUCCGGACAAUCUACAACGAAUUCUCGACGCCAUACGUGGGCAUCUACAUCUUCCACCAACCCAUUCUUCUGAUCAGGAGUCCCGAGAUCCUCAAGAAGGUCUUGGUCAAGGACUUCGACAAGUUCACGAACAGGAACAUCGCGACCAACGAAGCCGCUGAUCCUCUGGCCUUCCACACGCUCUUCAUCGCCAAAGAUGCGGUAUGGAGGAACCUUCGGGCUAAACUAUCCCCAGUGUUCACUUCGGGUAAAAUGAAGUUGAUGUUUCCGUUGAUGCAAGAGUGCGUUGAUGAUCUACACUCGUUUCUCAGUCAACACGCAGGUGAAGAAAUCGAGGUGAAGAUGAUGAUGAAGAAGUACUCGGUUGAUAUCAUCUCGACUUGUGCUUUUGGUAUCAACACGUUCUGUUUCCGUAACGAUAAUUCCGAAAUUUUGAAAAUGGCGACCAAAUUAGUAGAUUUUAAGUCGUUUGUAAGGAGUAUUUCGAUCUUCAGUUUCUUCUUUCUGCCGAGGUUUGUGGAUAUUUUUAGACUGACGUUCGCGGAUAAGUCGGCAUCGGAUUAUUUGAUAAGCGUGUUCAAGAACACGCUGCAAGAAAGAGAGAAGAGGAAGAUCAUCAGGCAUGAUUUUAUCGACUUGUUGAAUAAUUUAAGAAAGAGUGAAACGAUCACUGAUGGUUACAAAUUUGGUACGUUGUGGAUACUAAUUUUGACAAAAAUUGAACAUUUUUUUGUAGAUGACGAUAUCAAGAUGGCGGCACAAGCUAUAGCUUUUUUCUCAGCUGGAAACGACACAACGUCUAUUACUUUAGCGCUUACGUGUUACGAGCUUUCGUUAAAUAAAGCUAUCCAGGAUCGACUGAGGCAAGAAGUUACCGAAAAUUUCCACGAAAAUGGUUCGUUUACGUAUGAGACCAUACAACAAAUGAAGUACUUGGACAUGGUCAUAAGUGAAACCUUGAGAAAAUACCCUUUGGCGCCAUUUUUAACCCGAGAAGCCGACGUGGACUACACGUUUGAAGAAACCGGAUUCACACUAGGCAAAGGCGUUUCUAUUAUUGUUCCAAUUUCUGGGCUACACUACGAUCCUCAGUACUACCCACAGCCGGACAAGUACGACCCUGAACGGUUUAGUGACGACAAUAAGAAGAAUUUGACGCCAUAUACGUACUUGCCGUUUGGAGAAGGACCCAGAAAUUGUAUUGGGCAAAGAUUUGCGUUGCUAGUGAGCAAGGUGGCCAUGGCGGCCAUUAUUAAGGAUUUCGUGUUUGACGUCACUGAUAAAACGCCUGUGCCGCUACGGUUUGAUCCUGGUUCAUUGUUUGUGCAAAAUAGGGGCGGUCUGCACUUGAAAGUCACAAAAGUUUGAGAUUAUUUUAAUGUGUGUUUCUAAAUUUGUUUUAGAAUAAAGCUGUACAUAAUAAA